UGGCUGGGGAAGGACUCAAAUGGAGAUGGAGGAAGCAGAGGGGAAUACAACAGUCUUCUCCAUUCUGAAGUCAUACAACAAUUUCAUGUCCCUAUCUGUGGAUGAGACGUCUGGCCAAGCCGCCCCACAGUCGCCUCCAGGCUCACUGCAGACACACUACCAGCAAAUGAUGAAGCUUGAAGACCAGGCUGGGCAAAUCCAUUCGGGGACGCGGCUUUUGCAAAUGGAACGGGAGAAAAUGCAAAUGGAGCUAAGUCACAAAAGAGCUCGAAUUGAACUUGAGAAGGCGGCUAGUCUGAACGCCAACAAAUUUGAGCGGGAGGCUGAUCGUAAUCAAGAGCUCCUUAAGCGUAUCAAGCAGUGUCAGGAAAGGGAAACUGAGGCAAAAAAUAUGCUUCAGGAACAAAUUGAGAUCAACAGAACCUGUCAGAAGAACAUAGAGACUCUGAAUAAGAAGCUACAUGAGAAGGAGAACAAGCUGACUGAGGCUAAUGAAACAAUCAGUGUGUUAAAGGGGAAGAUAUCAGAGUUACAGUGGAACUUGAUGAAUCAGGAGAUGGAGAUGAAAAAGCAGGAAUCCCAAAAUCAGGAGUUGACUGAACAGCUGGAUAUGCUACACAAAAAAUGGCAAGAGGCCAGUCAACAUAUUCAAGUUCUUCAGGCAAAGGAAGAGCUGAUGUCUAAGAAGGAGCAGAAGAUUCAGGAUCUUGAGCAAAAGCUCUCCUUGCAAGAACAAGAUGCUAUGAUUGUGAAGAACAUGAAGACUGAGCUGGCACAAUUUCCCCAGAUGGAACGGGAGUUACAGCAACUUAGGGAGGAGAAUGCUUAUCUUAGGGAAAUGAAAGAAAACAAUGGAUUGCUGAGAGAGGAAGUAGAGGGUCUCCAAAGGAAGCUUGAGCGUUUUGAAAAGGUUCAGGCAGAACGUGUGGCUCUGGAGUUGGAGAAAGAGAAACUUCAGGAAAAGCUCAGUGCUUGGGAAAAACUGGAUCAGAACAUGGGUUUAGAUAUCAAGUAA